CAAGGAGGACGUAAUAUUCUGGAACAGUUGGUAGUUGCCUGUGGUGGUGAAAUCAUCACACAAAUAGUCCCUUUCCUUCGAUCCAGACCGGAUGCCGGUGACAGUCCCAUCCUUGGUAGUGAUGCGCAGUCGAGUUCCAGGCAAUCGACAACAAAUGUGGCACUUGUCGCUCCUGAGUGCUGUCGAACUCUCAAAUACUUUCAGGCGCUAGCGACACUAGGUCGCGUUCCUCUGUUGCACACCGACUGGAUUCUGGAUGCCUGUCGUGAAGAAGCUGCCGCAGUUGCGGAUGAAAAUAUGCAACCUGGUGUUUCGUUGGAUUGGCCGAUGCGUCUAUUGCUUUCUUGCCCUGGACGUUAUGAGUUAGCGCGUGGUAUUUCUAGUAUUGACGGAGAACGUGUCAGU